AUGUCUGUCCGCACACUGAGAAUUGGUUUGAUCCCAGGUGACGGAAUUGGCAAGGAGGUAAUUCCAGCCGGACGUAGAGUUCUCGAAGCCCUACCUAGCUACCUCAACUUGAAGUUUGACUUCGUCAACCUCAAAGCAGGGUUCGAAGCCUUUGAGCAAACUGGCUCUGCGUUACCAGAUGCCACGGUCGAUGUCCUUCGAAACGAGUGCGAUGGCGCCCUCUUUGGAGCCGUCAGCUCCCCAACACAUGCCGUCAAGGGCUACUCCUCACCGAUUGUCGCCCUCCGCAAACGUCUUGACUUGUACGCCAAUGUUCGUCCCGUCAAGACUGUAAUGACUGCCCCAAAGCCAAUCGACAUGGUCAUUGUCCGCGAAAACACCGAAGAUCUCUACGUGAAGCAAGAGAAGACUACUGACGGUCCGGACGGUAAGGUGGCGGAAGCAAUCAAACGUAUCUCGGAGAAGGCCUCGUUUCGAAUUGCUGCUAUGGCUGGUGACAUUGCCGUUCGCCGCGACAAGAUCAGACAAUCCGGGGUUCCCAGCAUUCAUAAACAGCCUCUUGUGACCAUCACCCACAAGUCGAAUGUGCUCUCGCAAACAGAUGGCUUAUUCCGUGAAGCCUCGAAACGGGCACUCGCUGAUCCAAAGUACUCCACUGUCAAGGUGGAGGAGCAAAUUGUUGAUUCCAUGGUAUACAAGCUCUUCCGCCAGCCAGAGGAUUACGACGUCAUCGUUGCCCCAAACCUCUACGGAGACAUAUUGUCAGACGGUGCUGCUGCGUUGGUCGGUAGUCUGGGACUCGUCCCCAGCGCCAACGUCGGUGAAGGUUUCGCCAUUGGAGAGCCUUGCCAUGGUAGCGCACCUGACAUUAUGGGCAAGGGUAUCGCAAAUCCAAUCGCUACAUUGAGAAGUGCAGCUCUGAUGCUGGAAUUUCUGGACGAACCUGCCGCUGCAGCCAAAAUAUAUGCUGCUGUCGAUGCCAACUUAGAGGAGGGUAAGCUCUUGAGCCCGGAUUUGGGGGGCUCAGCCACAACUCAGCAAGUAGUGGAGGAUAUUCUGAAGAAGCUGUAG